AUGGCAUCCCACAAAUACACGAGCGCGGAGCUCUUAGAGCUUCGUGACUCCGCAACUCGUGCCACGUCAGAGAGUGCCGUCGGGAAGAUUGCAAGAAACCCCGAGUUCGCAAGUUUGCUCAACAACUCCUUUGCCAGCUACAGCCGUCGCUCACGCAGCACAAAAGAAGACACGGCGACGUCCACGGAUAGUGACGAGCAGAUUCUUUUCAAGGGCAAGAAGUCCACGCACAUAACAAAUGACUCAUCUGGAUGGCAAUAUCGUGGCCGUGCUGGAUCAGACCUCACGGUCGGCGGUCCCAUCUCAGCCCCAGCCGGGCUUGUUGCUCAGCAGUCCGAAGGCUUCAAAAGGUUCUACAAAGCAGUCGUGUCGCCUUCGCACGUCCGUGUCACAGCAGGGGGCCGUAUUGUACCGAACACCCGACCGUCGACCUCUCCAACCGCGAAAUGGGACAAAGAAUCUUCCACUGCCGAGUGCGGUGACCAAUCUGGACAAAGUAUUCCAAAUCACAAACAAAGCAUCAAUGGCGCGGCUCACCCCGUGAUGGUAGCCCCCAGCAUGUACGGACAAUUUCUUUUCCCGCAGAUGAUGGCUCCUAUGCCAAGCCCUGUGCCUCUCUACCAUCUCGCAAACGGCUUUCCCAUGGCAUAUGGCAAUGUGUCCAUGCCGAACUUGGCCGGCCAUUCGGCAACACAAGCCAUGCCGUCUCAGGGUACAAGACGCCUUGACAGUACCAGCGAUGUGGCUAGUCAAGACGGCUUGAAUGACGGUGACAGAAGCGUCAGGAAGGACCGCCCGCCACCCAUUCUGGUCUUGCCAACCGAGAACCGUGAAGCUGGAAGACCAUUUGUAUAUCAAGGACAACUUGUCUACCCGCGGACCCCCUUUCCUGGCUUCAUGCCGAGCCCGUAUGUCCCUGGUCCAGGCCUGGGUCGUCACCCAUUCCUUCCGCCAGGCUUUGUACACAUGGCUCACACAGCUUCUGCUCCGCCCAUUCCGACCCCAGCUGGCCCUUAUGUCGUACCAUCUGAUGGGCAGCCCGCAAACGUUGGCAACAACGCUACCCACCAGACGCUUCCCACCCGGCCUAUAGCAACACCUCCGCUAAGCUCAAUCAAGCCCAGCUCCGUGACAAGGCGCCAGCUUGAGUCGUUGCACUCGUCCUUGAAGUACUACGAAGAUCAACUCGCGUACAAUAAGCAUCAGAUUGAUGAGCAGGGGACCCAAGAGCAGGCUCGCAAGAUCCGCCGCAGUAUCGCGCAAUUUGAGCAGAACUUGAAGCUUCAGGAAGAGUUCGAGGCAAUCAACUAUCCGAAGCAAACUUCAGAGCCUGAGCCGAGCUUUUCUAUCACGGGUGAUGAUUCGCAAAUGUCCCAGAGACACCAGGGUUCACGCAGCGUGCGCAUGUCUGGCAGUGAGCCACAUGCCGGCUCAUUCAGUUCCAUCGAUGCUGACAACAAAUACCUUCUUCGUCAGCCCAAAUCUGCGGACCUUCUCAGCCACAGGUUUGAUAGACUCAAAUCCGGCCACGUGCGUGGCAUGAACUCCAUCAGGAUGGGCGAUGACCAGAGGUCUUCCUCAGAUGCAUUGGAUGUAAUGAGUGCUACACUUCCAAGCGAUGCAGCUUUGGCCCAGCCAUUCUCGCCCGAUGUGGGCUUGCCGUAUGCUGAGAUACCAGCACAGCUACAACAACACCGCGUUGAGCCUGAUCACCAACUAUCACAGGCCCAUCCUUACCUUGUGGGCAGCGUCAGUCACACUUCGGCAAAACCUAGCGAGCGGUCGUUCUACUCCGAGUACAAUUAUCCGCGUGAACUGACGCCGGAUGAGAAACGUGCCCGCGAGGUUUACUGGGGCAAUGGUCAAACCAAAGGCAUGGGAUUGCCCAAGUUCGACGGAAAGGAUUUCUACCCACCUUCUCCAGUCAAGUUCAGCUCCCUCGCCAACACAACUUUCAAUGGCGAGUUCAAGGCGGCAAACGGUACAAAAGGAACUCAAGAGGCGCGAAGCGAAAAUACAGUGCCCGUCGUUUCCCAGCUGUUUGCUGAUGCUCCCGCUACAUCUCGCCACAGGGCGAAUCGGAAGCUAAGCCAUGCCAUCCCCAUUGUUGCUCCUGCGGACAUGACGAGCAGAUCCGGGGAGGAUGCCAUGAAGCUUCGGGCUCUCCGGACAAGCACGAGCGACAGUCAGGCGACCUCACUCCCGCCACGACAUAGCCAGCAUGUCCUGGACCGACCAAGUAAUCGAUCGACUAAUGACUUGUGGCACAGCAUGAUGCGCAAUGGCUCAACAGGGGGCAAUGUGACUCCCGGCACCAUCACAUCAGCUACAGCUAAGGGAUACCUUCCGCAAUACUCUGGCCAUGCUUCUGCAUCUCUCAUGCCUUCUGUCCCAAACGUCAGUCCUCUUGGUCCCUCCUCGUCUGGUGACAAGCCCGUGGAGUCCGAGAUUCCUGAUUCGGCAUUUGAGAGAACUGGGGAGAACUGUCCUCCAAACAGUGUACAAUCCAGUGCCAUCUGAUCCAUUGCCUUUAAAGGCCUCCACGGUUCGCGCCCUCAUGAUCACG